GUUUUCGCACUUCUUGAAGUACAUUUGUACUGAGGAGCUGGAUCACGAUUACUCGUUCCAGAACACAGCAUCAUACAUGGUACAGUAACAGURACAUUGUUCUGGAAUCAUAGCGACAUUCUAAUACUAAUUCYAGUUCUAAACAUGGCUGCCGAAGACGACAGUAGCAGCGUCAACGAGGAUUURGAUGAAMAUCUCAACUUCCAAGAACUCAUAGAACAUGUGGCGAACAUUUCAACAAAGAUUCGACGAAAGAAGGAAAAUCUGGAAGAAUUUGUAUCGUCUAUGAACAAUGAGAACUCGGUCAACAAGACGGUUCUCAAACGUUUUCAAGCGAUUGAAGAUGAUUUUAAAGAGGGAAGRAAAACAAAAUCCGAGUUGAAGGAUUUGCAAAAGAAACUAAGCGAGAGAAUCAAGGAAGUGAAUGAAAAACUGSAACGAAUUCAAAAUGCUUUGGAAUACAUCACAAGUAAAGAACUUCAGAUUAAAGAUCUUCAUGAAGAGAUAUCAAAUCUGUCCGAAAAGCAAGACGAGCUCGUCAAAGUCAAAUAUGAAAUUCAGUCUCUUUUCAGUGAAAUCAAAAUAAAAUUUCGUGAAAGCAAAAAGGUGAAACUAUCUCUACUCACGAAGUUUAAACCCGAUGAYCUUAUUCAGUCAGUCAAGUCGUGGGAGAAAGCAGCGGAAACUGCCAGGGAAAUYAAUCGGAAGGUAGCUGAACUCCAAAAAGAAAUCGAAGAAAGAUCCACUGCUAUGGGUAAACUAGAGAAAGAAUUACAAGAAGAAAGAAAGAAAUCAAAUCAGCAUGAAGACGAUUUGUUACGACUUGUUGAYGACAUGAAGAACGAAGAAGACAGCAAGAAGGAACAGUCUGGMUUGAUCAACAACUUUCGGUCUCUUCUCGAUGAGAGUGAGAAAYUAGCUCGCAAUCUUGAAGCACAGAACAAGAACUUGAAUCAAAUCAUUGGUGAUGAAAAGGAGCGAGUCACUGACUUGAGAAACAAACUAACCGAACUACAAGAACAAAUUGACAACGAACACAAAAGAAACCGAGAAAUGAGCCUACAGCACGAGCACAUGAGAGCUGGAUUUCUUGCAGCAACAGCAGAAAACGAAGGAUACGCACGUGACAUGGCGGCCAUUAGAAAAGAACUUGAUGGUUUGAGAGAGCAGUUUAAUGUGGUAUUAACUUUACAGAAAAGCAAAGAGGUUAAGCGAAAAGAAGAACACAACAAGAUGUCUUUGGAAAGAUUUGAAGAGUCUGAAGAUGAUGAACCAUCAGGGGAGUCAUUCAAAAUUGAAGAAUUGGAAGAGAAGCUAGAAAUCAGCGAUAAGAUGCUACAUGCCAAGUAUUUAGAGACCGAAACCCUUCAAACAGACUUGGACAGAACCUCAGAGCGUGUAACAGAGCUAGAGACGAAAGUUACAGUCAUGAACGAAAGCGUCUCCAAAAUGACAGAAAAGGUAGACGUCAGAGACAGAGAGGUUGCGCAGUUGACUGAGCUUCUAAAAGACACACAAGCAGCAUUAGAAUCUGAGAAACUUGCUAAAGAUGAAUACAUCAUCAAGUGUGAGCUGCUAGAACGAAAACUUGCUCUGAUGGAAAUGGAAGGAAGUGAUGAAAGAGAUGGAAGACUUAGCACAGAUGAUAUGGAAAAGGAAAUCGAAGAUUUGAGAGAAAAGCUUGAAGAAGAAAGGCUAAAGGUUGCUGAUAAAAUAGCCCUGGUGGAAGAGCUUGAAGUGCAACUCGUCGCGUCUGAGGAGUUGAGAGAAUAYGAAGAAGACAUUAAAACRCGAUCGAUCGAAAAUAUCGUCCAGGCAGAAAUGGAAAAUAGGAAAUUGAAGCAGAUAGUCGAGGAGCUAAGAGAAAAACUGUCUGAAAAGGACAGCGGAAUUGAGGAGCUGAUCGCCCACUGUGCUGUAGAAGAACUAAAACUACGAGAGGAAAUCGCUGGAUUAACCAAUCAACUUCAAGUGUACAAACGAGACUGUGUCUAUAAAGCAAACAUCAUUGAACGACUUAGAAGAAAAAUAGAGUCGCAACGAACUGGACUCGGAAUUUUGAACGAAGAAGACGAGGAAGARUCGGAGGCUGACCUUYUAGUMAGGACAGCAGCUUUGGAGCGAAAACURCACGAAGAAAGAUUAAAGAUAGAGAAGUACGAAGGAGCACUGAUUGCUCUGAACAAGCAAUGCGAGGAGAACGAAGACACUAUUCGCGACAAAGACUACGAGCUAUCUAGAAAAUCAGCCGAGGAUGGAAAACGCAUAGCAGAGCUCUUACAAGAACUUGAGUCCGAUAAGAAGAGUAUUAUGGAACUCGAUGAACAGAUAGAGAACCUCGAAGACAUUCUCUCUUUGAAGGAAGCGAUAGAAAAGUUAGAAGAUGAAUCAGAGGAAGGAGAUCGUGCUCAGAUGGAGAAGGAAUUACAAGAUAUGAAAGAGGACUACGCMUUCAAAAAGWUAAGACGCCGAGAUGAUCUGAUCCAGGAAAUGAGAACCUUCAUUGAGGAAUUAAGAACCCAAUUGAAAACMGAACAAGARCGUUUACGAAAGAACGAAGACUUGAUCGCUGAUCUAAACGACUCCAGCGUACAAGACYUGAAGAAGAUCGACAAGUUAACAAAAAAGAUAGCUAAGUUAGAAGAGGAAACAACAUCCCAGAAGGAAUACAUUGAAAAGUUAACUCAGAAAAUCACUGAAGGACAAAGACUGAUUGCUCAGCUUGAAGGUGUAGCUGAUAGAGAACGAAUGCGAGUUGCAACAAUUGARCAAUUAUUACAGCAAGAAAAGCAGGACUAUUCUAAGCAUUUAGUUGGCGUUGAAGAUUUGAAACAAAAGGUAGACGAUUACCAGACCAACGUUAGCGAAAUAAGAGAAAAAGUGGAACGCAUUAACAAGAACAUUGCAAUUUCUCCCCGCGACGAGUAUGGUUCUUCCACYGCGWCACAUCUUGAAGACAAACUGAAGGCACAGAAGAACAUWAUCAAAGAAUUGAGGGCAAAYGUGAGUGCAGUUGAAGAGAAAAGUCAAGAGCUUGGUGCUGAGUUGAGAGAUCAAAAAGGCAAAAACGUCGAACAAGAUGAAAAGAUAGACAGCCUCUUGAAAAAGACUCUUGAAUGCGAAGACUUGGUAGAAUUCAUGAAACGUGAACUAGAACUCGUUAGAAAACGUUACAGAGGACUAAGUGGUCUUCCAGAGGAAGARACRCCAGACAAAUUAAUUGCAGAAGAAGAGAUUCGUGAAGAGAGACAACCUCAGUUUGAGGCUGCUCCAYUAUUCGGGUAUUUCGACGAUGAAAAAGAACACGACGGAGACGACGAAGAGGAAGAAAGUGAAUCAGACGCCUUUUACUCWUGCGAGGACCAAGACGAUAAAACUCGCCAAUCUACGGAAAGYAAGGAAACCAGACAACGUGAGAUCAUCCGCCAACUUCUCGUAUUUGAAAAGGUAUUCGAGAAAAUCUUUUCCGAAGAAGGUAAUCGAAUCGAUAUUGUGAUUAAGAAGUUUGAAAGAGUAAUGGAGAAGAACACCGAACUUAUAACAAGUCUUCAAAAUGUACGACAAACUCUAAAUGAGGCAAGAAAAGAAAGUGAACGUAAAGAGGAACAGAUUGAGCAAAUGAAAGAAGAAUUCUUGAGCAUCAAAGAAGAGCUUGAUGAAACUAAGUCGACUAAUGAGAGGAUCAGGAAUGUCCUUGAAGAGGAAGGAGAAAGAGCCAUGACCCUUAGCGGUAUGCUCACUGACGAACAGGUUAAAGGCAUCGCYGCCGAAGAAAAAGCCACCAUAAUGCAAAAACUUCUAGAAGACCAGCAACAGAAGAUCGAUGCCUUGGAAGCUAAACUGUCAGAAGAAAUACUUCGCGUGAACCAAUUGAAAGAAAGUCUCUCAGUUGAGCAGCUCAUUAAGAUAGAGUACGAGCGGGAGAUUGAAGUCCUGAAAUCUAAAGUUUUGGAGGAGCAAGAGUCUUCUGAGUUUCUACGUGAGGAACUUGAGCGAGAAACCAACACAAAGUUUGAAUUUGAUGGUAGGAUAAGAGAAAUUGAAGAAGAAGCCUCAAACAGGGCGACAAUCAUCGACGAGCUCCAGAAAGAUUUGGAAACUGAACGAAAAUGUUACAGUAUUGUCACAGAACGCCUUCAAGUAGAGCAGGAAARACUCRUCGAGCUUGAAAAAUAUGUAAAAGACGCUGAAGAAAGUGCCACACACGAUAAGUCUUUGCUAGAGGAACUGAGGGAAAACAUAUCUCUGCAGGAGCGGCAGAAAAAUGACUUCAUCGAGAAGCUCCAGAAAUUUGAAAAAGAAAGUAGUGAAAAAGACGAAGAGAUUGGUAGUCUUGUGGAUCAGCUUGGAGCCGARAGAAACAGAAUGGAAGAGCUAAUUGGUGAGAUCGAUUUGGAGAAAAUGGGUAAAACAACAGCUGAGUCGAAGCUCAAGGAAUUAGAGGAAUAUCUUAGCAAAGAUGAACAGAUAUUCGAGGAACUAAGGCGGAAYAUUGAUUCUGAAAGCGCUAAAAAUCGCGAGCUUUCUGACUUGCUUGAUCAAGAACAAGAGAGAAAUGCAGAAUUAGAAGAAAAGGCCAAAGAACUCGAAAAGCAGGUCCUUAUGGAUUACGGCAAUUACGACUACACAGACGAGAAAGAUGCUCUCCGGUUCAAAGCAUUACUGAACAACGAGUUGACAAUAAAGAAGACAUUGAUGUCAAACGUAGAAGAAUAUAAAAAUAAACUCGAGGAAAACGAUUUACUUCUAUCGGAGCUAAAAGAAAUCCUCARAUCGGAGCAGAAAAGACUAACAGACAUUGAAAGCGCAGCCGAGCAGGAAAGACAACAGAAAGAAGAAACAAAGAGUUUGAUGAARACAGUGGAGAGCGAGCUUGAACUCAAACGCCAAGAUGCAGAUAGCUUAAGGGCUGAUUUUGAGAAGGUUAACCUUCUCUACACGAAUAUGRUGARAGAAAACGAGCAAAAAAAGGUCGAAGUCGAAGUUCUGUCCAAAGAGAUAGAAGACAAAGAUACCAAACAGCAACAAUUUAUUCAAGAACUAAGAGAAAAUAUGGAUAAAAUGGARGCUCAAAUCAAGGAGAAGGAAGAAGAGGGAGAAAUGUUGAGAACAUACUUUGAAGAAGAGCACAAAUUUGCGCAAGAUCGACUAGAGCAAAAUCAACAGUUGAAAAAACAAUUGGAAGAWAUGGAAACUAAGUUAAAAGACAACGAAAUCGAAAUAAAAAAUCUCUUGCAUGAAAAAGCAGACCUUGCAUCUUCUCUUGAGAAAACAAUCAGCAAGUUUGCAAAACAGCGCGAAAUUCUUGUCGAUGAGUUGAAGGAGAAAACACGAAAACAUAACGACAAGGUUGAGUACAUUAAAGAGCUGCAGAAAACUGUGGAGGACCUCUCAUAUUCCCAUCGUCGAAGCAAAGAUAAAACCGAGAAAAGUAAUGAUAAAAAGACACCAACCGAUGACACAAAACUGCACUUGAAAGAAAUCGAAGAUGAGUUUGACUCUUUGGAAGUAGAAUUAACACAAAAAGAUGARGAAAUCGCAAGACUUCGAAAGGCAUUAGAAGAUAAUAACAACAAUACAUCAACACAGAGCACCGAAAUACAGAAAGAAGUUGAUCGUCUGCGAUUGCUAGCAGAAGAACACAAAGACCGCGCUGGGAAAGCAAUUAAGGCCCURGAGAAAGCUCGCCUUCUKCGACAGUUGCUACAGACAGAGCUUGAUAUCAAGACAUCAACCAUUGACCAGCUUAAAAGAGAURGCGCUCCUGCGCAUUUCAGYACGUCCGACUCRAGUGGUMUUAUCCAAAGCUCAAAGARAAAUGAGACAGUCCACCUAGUUAAAAACAARGACGUGACUUCCACUGCAGAUGACACUGUUGAUGGAGGGAAAUCAAAACAGUCUGCUGAAACUGAAAAGAUCGUUUCGAUGUCGAAAGAYAAAGAAAAUGAAAUCGUAAGAUUACGUGAACAACUUUCAAGUAUCCAAASUACAAUGGACAAAGAGAAAACAGAAAAGGAAAWCAUUCUGAAACARAAGAACAAAGAACUAGAAGAGCAAUCAAAGACGAUCGAUUUGGUGAGAAACAUGUACCAGGUUCUUCAGUAUGAAGCAAAACGGGAGAAAAUACUUCAAGAUGUUCUUCCCUCUGAAAAUACAUCUUUAGAAGAUGCRAAGCUUUUAUACAAAGAUUUAGAAAAUAGACUUCAAUCGCUUAAAGAUGAAGUGACAGAAAAAKCAACAACAAUUAKAAAUCUAAAGCAUUACAUCGAAGAAAUCAAGGCCAAGCAUACCGACAAAMGUUUACUAGAUCGAAAGAUGAAYAUUCAUCGACUUCUCUCCGUCCAACUAAAAGAGAAGGAAAAGAAGCUCCACAGAUUGGAAAACCUUUUACAGCAUAUUGAGAAAAUGUAUGGUAAAAAYAUCACUGAAACGAAAUCAAUAGAAGCCGCCRCACCAGAUGGCAUUGAGUSUAAAGAUAACGAAAUGGAAGAGAAGAAUAAASAAGAUGGAGAAGAGAGRACGAAUGAGCGAGAUGGCGAARUGGAACGCAUUAUUGAAGCGACAAAUUGUGAGCCUCUCCAGGGCUCAAUUCCUCUUGCUGAUAGUAGAAAUGAGAGUCAAGAUGCGACCGACAGCCCAGUGUUUCCAAAGGAGGCCAYAAAUGUUUCAGCAAACWCAUUUAUCGCAAGAAUUUCACCACCAAAACAAAGUKCACUYGAUCCUAAAGAUCUUCCUAAAUCAGGAUGGAAGGUCAAGUUACUGCUUUACAUUGCCAUAGCAAUUGGGUUAGGACUGCUUCCCCAGUUCUUGAAGAUAAAAACAUUAAAGAUUGUCCUUGCAUGUGUUGUAACGCCUCUCUUCUUCAUCCUUUCGAYUGUAGAAGUUAAAGUUUAUCGAAAGAAAAUUGAAAACUUUGUGAGACGAAACAUGGGUGUUAAGWAUCAGGGCGAUGUAAYGGAUCARWCYCACUCAAUGGCUCUGGUUGGACAAGACGAAACAAUAGUGGAAAGUCUACGUCAAGAGCUACAAUCACUUAUGACAAAUAAGGAAGUUCCAAUGGGAAACGAUGAAGUUGACGAUCUAUUCAAGCAACAAAGAAAAGUUGAAGACCUGGAAAARACAAUWCGCAAAAUCGAAAUAWCAAAAMUCGAGGARCAAGAAAAGAACAAGAGGUCAUUCGAUGAGUAUAUAAAACUCAGAGAAGAUGUSGACGAAUUGAAGAGAAGAAGAGAUAUGGAGGCGAAAUCGGAAUUCUUUGGWUUCAAAAAGUUCACUACAGCUACAAGUGAUGGUGAUUUGGGGUUGGUAAGUGUCCGACCAAGAUCCCUGCCAYUGUGGGUUGCUCUAAGUGUUGGUGUUUACUACUUGACAACAUUGCAUUCAGCUGCUCCUUGUGCUGCCUUCCUUCUUGUAUCUUUAUUUGCUGUUAAUUCAUGGUUCAAGAUUAAAACUAUCAAAACUAAACUCGUCAACGAGAGAGAGGUCAUACGGGAACAGAACGAAGAGCUUGAAGACAUCACUGAACUACUAGAACAAGAGCACAAUGUCGUCGAAGCACAAAAAGCAGCAAUGGAGAUCAUGCAACGAGAGAUCGACAACGAAUAUGUCAGCAGAAAAGCGAAAUCACUAACGCUGGCUAAGAUGAUCAUUGAAGUAAAAGAGCUCGAGGAAAUGCGUCGCGCAAUGCACGAAGAAAAUCUCGUAGAAAACCAAGAUCCCGAGCUUAAAGCUGCUGUUCAAAACGUCUCUAAAGAAAAAGCCGAUGAGAAGGUGCGAUURUUUGUCGAAAUGAGCCGAAAACUUCCCGAACCYGAUUCGUUGUCAAACUCGGAAGCAGUUGAGGACAUCAACGAAACCGUUGAAGACAUUGCUGCCSAAGCACAAUCGAUGGAGACUGGAGCCUUGCAAGACRUCGAUACAAACMUCCCUAAGARGACCAAUCCUAAACUCAAGCUCAUUGCCAUGGCAGCGACAGGAAGUGCAGCGUUUGCAGCCUCCUUAAUUCUGAAGUACUACCUCCCGGCCUUGCUAAUUGCAAUACAAUUAGYGWUAAUAAUUCAAUUAUUUAUCAAGCAUAAAUUGUUAAAGCUAAGUGAACAAGUCCCUGUCACGCAAAGUGAGCUACAAACYCAACUAAACAAAGAAAAACAAAAGAACAAAGCGAAUAGACAACAAAUUGGGAAACUAAAACGUCUGCUCGACACAGAGAAAAGCUUCAAGAAAUCCGACGAGUGCGCUAAAGAAAUCAAGAAAAGAGUCAGUGACAGAGCGGCUAAACGAAAACAACUUUAACUGAYUGAAGCAUCUCCRCAUGCAAACCCGAAUAUAUAAGAUAAAAAAGAAAAGAGAGUUAAAAGGACUUUUAUAGUGCGGAUAAACAAAAAAGAAGUUUCCUGAAAAAUGUAGCAUAAUAAUGUACAAAAARCUCGAUAASAAARUUAUGGACAAAGGAAAACURAAAUUCCAGGAGGCAACKAGUAAACAUUUAGCAAAGACWAAAUCAAAUCGACAUUUUCAAUGAAAAUUGGUUUAUUUUAAUUUGAUAUUAUCGUCGUUUUUAUAGAUUGAAAAAUUUCAAAAGAUUUUAURAUUUCAAGAUUUAACACUAAAACACUUGUAGUACAAGAAAUGCACGCCAUAACUGGCUCAUGUUUCUGCGUUCAUUAUAGAAUGGUUAUUAGGAACUACUUCCAGUGUUUGAAUAUGCAAUAGCAUUGACAAUGCGGUGAACUUGCCAGAAUCAAAUGAGUACACGAAAUAGAGGAUUCGCGCUUUGAACAACACACUCAGUGAAAUAAAAUAUUGCACGUUUCACAAUCGACUAUAGAAUCAUUGGUUAAGCCUUUAAAUAAAAUUUAAAGAAAUCUUCA